GAGGAUAUCACCGAUCCUGAGUCUCAAGAAGAGAAGAAGAGAAACCACUGGCUAUCUGAGCCUGAGGACGGUUACAAUACAGUGAAGAGUGUUCUCACUGUACAGGAAUAUUUCGCUGAGCGCAUGGCAAAACUGAAGGGAUCCCAGAAUGAAACAGAAGCAAAGGCAGAAAAUUCCUGCUCAACAGCUGACGAAGCUUUGGAGCCUUCAGAAGAACUGAAAACCAAAGUCAAAAAGAAAAAGAAGAAGCAGAAGAGAGAUGAAGCAGAGAGCACAGAGCAUUGCAAGAAACCAGAAGUGAAACAGUGUAAGAUAGGUAGCUUGAAUGGAAAGAAACUGGAUGCUCCAUUAAAUGAAUGUCACCCAGGGAAAAAGAAAAGGAAAUAUAAAGAUCAGCACGAAGGGGAAAACAUUAGUUAUGAUGAAAAUAAGGGCAAUGGAGAAAUUUAUAUGGGAAUAUCUGAUGGGGAAGAUCUCAGCAUAAAGGACUAUGAGGCAAAGCAAAAGAAAUGUCAUAAGAAGAAACACAAAAGGCAAAAAGAGGAGACAGAUGAAUGUAUCGAAGAAACGCAGAGAAAGAAUAAGAAGCACUGCAAGCACAUUUAA